AUGAAUUGUAACGAGCUUCAGGAACACGCCAGAGCGGAUUGCUUCCUUGUCAAGAAGCCAAGAGCAUUACAAUGGUUCUAUAAAGGUCAACUUCAAAAGGAAAAGGAAGAAGAGCGUCAAGCAGGCCGCUUUGAGCUCUUCCUUGACCUUCUCUAUGUUGCGAUUGUCGCAAACUUCAGCGAUGAACUCGCUGAGCAUCCUGAUGGCGCUCAUCUUGCAAAGUACAUACUCAUCUUUGCACCAGCAUGGCACAUCUGGGCCGAUCUUCGCGAGAUCAUGAACUCGUACUACACCGAUGAUAUUCUGCAGCGCUUGGUCAUUCUCUGGGUUAUGGCACUUCUCGUACUUUAUGCCAACAACGCCAAUGACGCGGAUGAGAACCUCUCAGCGAUGCGCACAACUGUUGGAGCGUAUCUUGUCGCUCGCUUCACCACCCUCGCUGUCUUCCUCAUCACCUCGUUCGCAGCGUACCAGCAUCGAACUCAAGCACGAAUCAUGGCCGGUUUCAUGUUUGUUGGUCUGCUCAUUACCGUUCCUCUGUUCGUAGAGGGUAUCAGCAUCCGGGCAAAAGCAGCCAUCGUCGCUGUGGCCAUAUUCUACCAGGAAGCAACCUGGGCGCUUACUCUGAGCCCCUGGAUCAAGGGCAAGCUGAACCUGACGUACAGUACGGCCGUUGAUAUUGCGCACGAGAUUGACCGCAUGGGCGCAUUCUUCAUCAUCAUCCUUGGCGAAUUCGUGUAUAGCAUCAUUGUUGGCAACAAAACAGGCAUUGGUCUGACGUCUGGUUAUGCCAAAGCUGUCUGCACAUUGGUCAUAGCGUUUGUGCUCAACUGGAUCUACUCGAGCGGUGAUGGUAGUAUCCAAGCAACACAUCCUAUUCGGCGAUCCGCUUGGACAGCCUUUGGCUUCUUUCUUCUCCAUCUCCCGCUUGCAGCGUCGUUUCUAAUCGGCGGUCACGUUGCAGCAGCUAGUACAGCAAUAGAAGAGUUCGAAGACGGACAGCGCUGGCUUCUCGGCGGUGGUCUUGGAGUCGGCAUGUUCUGUCUCUGGGUGUAUGGGAUGCUGUAUCGAGUAGAAGGUGAGUGUACGCUGCUCAUGGGUCAGACUCUACGGAUCAGUAUGAGACUGGUUAUCGCCAUCAUCCUCAUCGUGAUACCCGAGUCGCAUAAUCACCUCAACGCCGAAGACUUUAUGUUUGUUGUCAUGGCUCUGUUUGCAUUUCUCUUGAUAUGGGAGACUCUGGGGGGUUUGUCUAAGACGUCGAAGCUCUUUGAGCCUUGGACAGAUAGACAUCCGCCACCAGAGGAGGAUGACAGAGAAGGCUUGGCUGGCCAGUAA